AUGGAGAGAACAAGUAGCAUUAGGAGAAAAGCCAUGGCCAGACAACAUAAAGGAGAAGUCAUGAUUGCUGGAGAACAACUCAGGUUGAGGCUUCACGGUGGAAAGCUGAUCAAGGACCGCCGCUACCACCUGCGCACAUAUCCCAACUGCUUUGUGGCACAGGAACUUAUAGACUGGCUUGUGAGCCAUAAGGAAGCUCCAGAUCGAGCAACUGCUGUCUGCCUCAUGCAGCACCUCAUGGAUAAUGACAUCGUUCACCACGUCUGUGAUAAGAGGCCAGUGUUCAAGGAUGCCAAACUGCUGUACCGUUUCCGCAAAGAUGAUGGCACAUUUCCCUUCAAUACAGAGGUGAAAAUCUUCAUGAGAGGACAAGGACUGUAUGAACAUCUCAUAGGGGACAAGAACUCUAUUCUGCAGCUAAGAGAGGAGCAUGGUGUUGCAUAUCAGCGCUCCUUUCCUGGCUGCCAAUUGAUUGACUGGCUCCUUCAGAAUGGAGAGGCAGAGAGCCGGCGUCUGGGACUGCAGCUGUGCCGCGCAUUGCAGGAGCAUGGCAUCAUUCAGCACGUGGCAAAGAAGCACGAGUUCUUUGACAGCGGACUGCUCUAUCAGUUCUGCAUCAAUUUCCGCCGCCGCCGCCGCCUGUCUGAACUGUUACAUGAAAGUGAACAAGAUGACGAUGACAAAGGUGUGGUAGUGUCGACACACGAGGACAACCAUUCUGAUAGUCCAUUUGUUCUGCGCAAAGGCCAACCGCAGGAGGGCAACAGUGCUUUCCAGUCUGUGGGGUUGAGUGAAGACCUGAAACAGGUUACCAGUGUGCGUCGAGGCAGCUUGAAUUCCCUUCAGCUUCACUCAGCUGGAUUUCCACCUCUUGUCCAGCUGACUUCAACUUCAAUGGUCAGAUGCAAUCCCAAAUCAGUACUCAGAAGAAAUUUUACAUGUGAAGAGAUACUGGCACAUGGUGCACCCUUCAUCAAGAAAGUGUUGACGGUGAUAGGAGACGCCCUGGGCUGGGGCUUUGUUGUCAGAGGCAUGGCUCCCUGUUAUGUGCAGGCUGUUGACCCUGGAAGCCCUGCAGCAGCUGCUGGAGUUAAGGUGCGGCAGUUUGUGUGCCAGGUGAAUGGACAGUGUGUUCUCUACCUGGACUACAGGACAGUGUCCAGACUGGUGAUGACAGGAACUCGCACUGUUGUACUGGAAGUUAUGGAGCCACUGGAGUGA